AUGAAACAGAUUCAAACUGAUAACUCAUUAUUUCCUCCUGACUACCCAAUGGUUAUCACAAAUCAACCAACGUCACAAGUAAUAUUCAGUGAUAUACCAGUAACUUUACGUUGUCCGUCAUGUGGACUAAAUACUUUAACUAUUUUGGAGUACAAAAAUGGUUUAUUAACUUACUUAGCUUCUGGUGGUAUAUGCCUAAUUGGCGGGGUUUUAGGUUGUUGCCUUAUACCAUGUUGCGUGAACAGUUGUAAAGAUGUGAAUCAUAUAUGUCCACAUUGUCGACGUGCUGUGGGAACCUACCACAGAUUGGGAAAGUGA